AUGCCGGCUUUGCACGCGUCCAAAAUUUUCGCCAAAGAGUAUGUGUUAGGUGCGGUUACCACAACCUUUAGGUGUUUUCCCUUGCUACAGUCGUACUCGCACGGCUUCAAAAUUAACUACUCCAAGUUCCAUGGCUCGAUGUCGCUAUCCGCGAUGUCGAAGCCGAUCCUGUACUCGUACUGGCGCAGUUCCUGCUCAUGGCGUGUUCGCAUCGCCUUGAACCUGAAGGAAAUACCGUACGACAUCAAACCGAUCAGUUUGAUCAAGUCUGGCGGCGAGCAGCACUGCAACGAAUAUCGAGAGGUGAAUCCAAUGGAGCAAGUCCCUGCCCUUCAAAUCGAUGGACAUACUCUCAUUGAAUCCGUGUCGAUCAUGUACUAUCUAGAAGAAACGCGUCCUCAGCGUCCCCUGAUGCCGCAGGACGUGUUGAAACGUGCCAAAGUACGCGAAAUUUGUGAGGUAAUUGCUUCCGGUGUUCAGCCGCUGCAGAAUUUGAUCGUCCUGAUCCACGUGGGCGAAGAGAAAAAGAAGGAAUGGGCCCAGCACUGGAUCACGCGCGGUUUCCGUGCGAUCGAGAAGCUGCUCUCGACGUCUGCGGGUAAGUUUUGUGUUGGCGAUGAGAUAACGCUCGCGGACUGUUGCCUCGUGCCGCAGGUGUUCAAUGCGCGUCGUUUCCACGUCGAUUUGCGUCCGUAUCCCAUUAUACUGCGUAUCGAUCGCGAGCUAGAGGGUCAUCCCGCGUUCCGCGCUGCCCAUCCUUCCAACCAACCGGACUGCCCACCGGAAGCGGCCAAAUAAGCGCCAAAUUUUAUUCGUCGUUCGAUUUCCGAUGCCUGACUUAUUGCAUUCCAUCACUUCCUUGCUAAUUUGACGAGUGUAUACGUUUGAAAACCGAUGCCAGAAACACAUGUGAACAGAUGCACAAAUCUCUACUGAUGAAAACCCACCAUGUUUUACCAAUACCUCAAAAAUUCCUUAUCCAAUCGUCUUUAAAACGGUAGUAAUUGUUCGAUACGAGGUGGUGGGCUGUAUACAUCACGACUUUACGAGGGCACGUUACCGUAACCGUUUUAUGCUGUUGCCAUCAAUUGAAACUAAAUAUCUAGUCUUGAAGAACGAAGCGUAUCGUCCAUCGUGGAUGGUCGUGAGCCAUAUAUACAUAAUGCUUCAGCUAAACAUUGGCUUGAAGAAGAGAUGAAUCAAAUAAUAUUUACACCGAAAAAGAACGAAGUAUGAUCAUUUAUAAAAGGAAACAGAAUCGAACAAAAAAAAGCAAAUGAUUCUGCAUACAUAACGAAGAAAACGGUUACCAUUGGAAAAAAAGAUAUUAGAAACAAUUUCAUAACCCCAAACAUGCAUAGAAGAACGAGCAGCAAUGUUCAACGAACGUUGCAUUUUGCAAAACAAUCAUAAAUGGGUGUGACGGAUUCGCUUUUAAAGUGAUAAUGUCUGAAAACAUAUGCUGGAAACGCGUAAGAAGAUUGCAUACACAUCAUUUCAGGAAAUUUAUGGCAGCUAAGGCUUAUUUGAAACAAUGGCUCGUACUUCCAGUCGUACGCAAUUUUAAUCCACUUAAACGAAACGAUCAAUCCCUUUGCUUUAGAAAAGAUGGCGAGUCACAGCAAAAAGCGUGAUGGACAUCUAUAAACUUUAUCUUCUUCUUCUACUUAAACAAUUUGCAUAUAUUUUUCCUAAUUCGCUAUAUAGUGUUUCUAAAACCUACCAAUUCAGGAUUAGAUCUUAAGACAAAUAUUAUUGCAGCUUUUAGCAGGAAAACCUUCGUGUUCCGAUUGGUGAACCCUUUUGUUUAGCUCGCAUUGUACUAAUCUAUCUUCGUGUUUCUGGAGCAAGCUGUCGAGCUGCUUGGCUUUUUCACAAUUUAAUUUGCAUGUUUAAUUUGUGUGUUUGUGUUGUGAACAUGAAAGGAUAUCCCAUUCUCUACUACUCUGUCGAGCAGUGAACGUAUAC